AUGAGGGAUAAUAUCAGCCAAAGAGAGGGCUUGUUAAUGCACAACAAGAUGCUUUUCGUCCGUCUUGAUAAACCCAUCACCAGUGUGAAGAACAACUCCAUCCGCUAUUCUGGUUGGACGGGCCGACUUGUCCUUGACCGCGCAACCACGAAACCAAAAUUAAACUGCCGAAAUUGGGAAUGCGGUGUUGUGAUUCCCAUUCGCCACAAUGAUGAAGAAAAGUCAUCGUACAUCCCGUCAACUAGAGGUAUAACUACUUCAGUCGCCGAGUCCGAAGGUGGGAACACCAGCGCCGACUCUGACGACGGGUCAAGGGUCGCUAGUGUGUUCGAGCCGACGGUCCCUGUUCCGAUGAAAGUUCCUGCACAAAGAUAUAAUGGGCGUGAUAGGCCGUUCUUUUAUAUGGAAGAUUGA